AGUUCCUCAGGUGGGCGUGACUCCUACUACCCUCAGCUAGCUAAUGCUAGAAGAAAACCGAAUCCAGGGAAUUUUUCAAAACGAAACAAAAUCGACUGAAGGUAACAGGGAAAGGACGUUACCGUACUGCAGGAGGUUUACCUGCAACACUUGACAACCAAAUGGCUACCGACAUGCCCAUGGACACGGUGCCGGCUCCUCACCCUACCCCAACCUCACCCCCAGACCCUGCCCCAGCCUCAUCUCCUGCUCUCAGUUCCAGUGCAACCCAAGACCAGGUUCCCACCCAGGAGCCAGCAGUAGCUGAAACCCCUCACACAGCAGUGACCUCAGAACAAGAUGCUGCUCCAGAUCUCACCUCAGGUCAGCCUGCAAACCCAGACGUCGCCCCAGGGCUUGCUCCAGGUUCUGAGCCAUCCCCAGCCCCUCCAGUGCCACCAGUCAGCGCCAAGAACCCCAGCUGCAAGAUCAUGACUUUCAGGCCCACCAUGGAGGAGUUUAAAGAUUUCGCCAAAUACAUUGUCUACAUGGAGAGUCAAGGAGCUCACCGUGCUGGCCUGGCCAAGGUUAUUCCACCAGAAGGCUGGAAGCCGCGGAGAUCCUAUGACACCAUUGAGGACAUGGUGAUUCCAGCUCCCAUCAUGCAGGUGGUGACCGGUCAGUCAGGCCUGUUCACCCAGUACAACAUCCAAAAGAAGUCGAUGACUGUGGGAGAGUACCGCAAGCUGGCCAACAGCAAGAAGUACUGCACACCUCGCCACAAAGACUUUGACGACCUGGAGAGGAAGUACUGGAAAAACUUGACAUUUGUGUCACCCAUUUAUGGUGCAGAUGUCAGUGGCUCCAUCUAUGAUGAGGACAUCCAAGAGUGGAACAUCGGCCACCUCAACACACUGCUGGAUAUGGUGGAGCAGGAGUGCGGCAUCGUUAUUGAGGGCGUAAAUACCCCGUAUCUGUAUUUUGGCAUGUGGAAGACCACAUUUGCCUGGCACACUGAGGACAUGGACCUCUACAGCAUCAACUACCUGCACUUUGGACAGCCUAAGUCCUGGUAUGCCGUCCCACCUGAGCACGGCAAGAGGCUAGAGAGGCUGGCACAAGGCUUCUUCCCUGGCAGUUCCCAAGGCUGCGAUGCCUUCCUCCGCCACAAGAUGACGCUGAUAUCUCCAUCCAUCCUGAAGAAAUACAGCAUUCCCUUUGACAGGAUAACUCAAAAUGAAGGGGAGUUCAUGAUCACCUUUCCUUAUGGAUAUCAUGCCGGCUUCAACCAUGGCUUCAACUGUGCGGAGUCCACAAACUUUGCCACCCUGCGCUGGGUAGACUACGGCAAGAUGGCCACCCAGUGCACCUGUCGUAAGGACAUGGUGAAGAUUUCCAUGGACGUGUUUGUGCGCUGCCUGCAGCCUGAACGCUAUGAGCUGUGGAAGCAGGGCAAAGACUCCACGAUGUUAGACCACCUUAAGGCCACUGAGCUCAGCAGCCCUGAGCUGGAGCGCUGGAGGCAGCAUCGUGUCACCUUCAGAGAAAACCUCCUGCGAAGGGCCAUGCAGAAGAUGAAGCAGUUCCGUCGUCUAAAGCUGGACGAGGUGAAGGUGCUGGCGGAGGAGGGCAUUGAGCUCAAUGCUGCCGAGUACCAGCGUCAGGUGGAGGAGCGCGAGGCCCAGCGGAGGCAGGAGAGGGAGGAGCGUCUAGCCAGAGAGGCCAUGAUGACCCUGGAGGCCAUGGAGCGUGAGGAGCAGGAGGCUGCAGAGGCUGCCGCUAAAGCAGCCGAGACUCCAGCCGUAGAGGCACAAGAACUGGAGGCCAAACCACAGAACCUGACAGAAGACAGUGAGAAAAAGAAGCAGAAGAAGCCAAAGAAGACGUCAAAUAUCCCUAAUGCCAUCACUGGAUUUGAAGAAGCAUUUGAGCAGUUUGCUACGUCUAGCAUCAGGAAUUCAAAGAAUGCCAUGGUCAGUCACUCAGAGAUGGGGAAACCUCUAACCCCAAGGCAGAGUGACACCCCAGUCGACAACAAGCUGGAAGUGAGUGCCACCCAGGCAUGCUACUCCAAGAUGAAAAUGCCAACAGAAGUGAAAAAGAGUCGCCGGCAUCCCCUCAGCAAGCCGCCCAUGCGCUCCCCCCUGUCCAUCGUUAAGCAAGACCCGGCCAGCGACAAAGAGCUGUCCUCCCCCGUGCCGCUGGAUAGCGACAUGAAGAAACAGGAGCACCUGUGGCAGAAUCACUCACCCAACUUCCUGACAGAGAAGGCCUUCAAUGUUGCAGUGGCAGCACUCCAACCAUACUGUGCUAUCUGUUCACUCUUCUGUCCCUACACUAAGCCACAGAAAGAUGCCUCCGCUCCGAAUGACACCCCCGUGCACCUCCCUCCCCCCGCCUUGAGUCGUCCACUGGUCCCAGAGAUGUGCUUUAGCGUCGGUGCAGGGAACACCGAGCCUCCACCCACCAACUAUCACAUUGGAGAGGAUGGAACCAGUGUUCUGCUCCGCUGUUCAUCUUGCCACAUGCAGGUUCAUGCCAGUUGUUACGGUGUAAAGCCAGACUCUGUCAGCGAUUCCUGGGUGUGCUCAAGGUGUGCUGCAGGAGCCUGGACAGUGGAGUGUUGUCUCUGCAACUUGCGGGGAGGAGCUCUGAAGAUUACCACAGAUAACCGGUGGGUACAUGUCAUCUGUGGCAUCGCUGUGGCUGAAGCUCGCUUUGUCAACGCCAUUGAAAGGGAGCCAGUGGACGUCAGUGCUGUCCCAGAAACGCGCAAGAAUCUGAAGUGUGUCUUCUGCCAUGAUAAAAAUGCCAGUCAGAACCGCGGCGCCUGCAUCCAGUGCUCAUAUGAGAACUGUGCCACCUCCUUCCAUGUCACCUGUGCCCAAAUUGCCGGAGUAGUCAUGAAGCCUGCCGACUGGCCAUAUGUGGUGUCUGUCACCUGCCACAAGCAUAAAAGGGUCCCUCCAAAGCCGCGGACAGCACCCAAAGGCCCACAGGUUCCAACUCUGGGCCAGAAAGUGAUUGGUCGCAACAGCGAUGGCUGGUACUACCACUGUACCAUCAUCGGCAUGGCGACACAGACGUUCUACGAGGUCAACUUUGACGACGGCUCAUACUGUGACAAUCUGUACCCAGAAAACAUACUGAGUCAUGACUGCCUGCGUAGCGGUCCUCCUGAAAUAGGGGAGCUGAUCGUGGUCAGCACGCCCGAAGGUCAGGUCCUCAAUGCUUCCUUCGUCAAACAGCACACCCACAAGUUGUACCAGGUUGAGUUUCAGGACCAGACUCAGAUGAUGCUAAAGCACUCAGAGAUCCAUCAGCUAGACCAGGAACUGCCUAAGAGGGUCCGGGCCCGACUUGCCAUACCUGUACCCCAGGAGGAGGCCCCCUCAGCAGAUGAAGCCCAAGCAGCCAAACGCCGCCGCCUGCCGUCUGGCUCAGCCCCACCCUCUGAGACCCCCAUGGAAACAACCAAUCCACCCACUUGCCCUGCAACUACAGCCCCGGUAGAAGCACCAGCAGCAGAACACGACAGUAUUCGUACACAGCCGACCUCACAUUCGUCCCAGCCCAGCAUGACCCAACAGAAUUGCCACGCUCCAACCAACGGUAUUCAGGUGGAGGCUGAGACCCCAAUGGACACGAGCGUCGCCCUCACCGACGCCCUAACAGAGUCAUCCCUGGCCUCGGACCCCACGCUGACUCCACAGGCAACCUCUUUUCAGUCAACAUUGAACUCUGACCCCCUCCUGUCUGCUCCGUCCCCUCCCCCUCUGCCCCAGCAUAUGUCCAACAGCUACACGCCGAGCACCGGCUAUGUUUCCUACAUGGAGACCCUCCUCAAUUCACAUUUCCCUCAGGAUGAUGGCCCUGGACCCCUGUAUUAAAAAAAAACAAACAACAAAAAAAAAACCUCCACUACGUUAUUACUUGGUCAAUGGAGGCUGAGCCAGUAGAAAGUAAGCUAAUGGAGGUGGAAUCUACUGAGUGCUGUAUUAAUGGACAAAAACAUUUCCUGAACCAGCUCUGAGAGCUCAGGGCAGGAGCAGGAAGAGACAUGGACACACAAGCACUCUUUUAAUGCAUGUUACUUUUCUAUUUUUGAGUUAAUGUAUUUGCAGUGGUGCUUUAGCCUGCUCUGAAGCAGCGGCUAAAGAGGACAAGGCUUUUUAUUUUUAACAUUAUUAUUAUUAUUAUUAUUAUUGUUAUUGUUAUUAUUAUUAUUAUUAUUAUUUGUUUGUUUGUUUUGUUUUGGGGUUUUUUUUUGUUUGUUUUUUUUUUAGGUCUUUGCUCUUCUGUUUUUGGUCAGCUGCUGUGCUUUUUUCCUCCAUAUUAAUAUGAAUACGUCUCUUGGUAUCAACUCCACACCUCGUUGCAUUAACUCAACAGCACACUCCCGUUUUCUUUCUACAGGAAGCUAAUUACCAUUAUGGCCUCUCAGCAGUGAGGUCUUGGUGGACUGCACUUUUUUUUUUUUUUUUAAUCAAAUAACCAGCAACUAAAUAUCUAUUUUUCAGCCCAUCUACAGGACAUUUUCAGGAAGGUGUUUUAUCGCCGGAUUGCAAGAGGUAAAUAGGGUAAGGGGGUUUAAAAAAAGUAUUGUAGGGGAACUCAGUAUUUAAAUGUCUUAGUCAAAUAUUGAAAGAAUUAUUUGUCAUAGAAGAAACACGUUGAAUGCAAACACUAGUAGAUUUGUCUGCAGGAUGCAUUGAAUUUUUGUGAAGAUGUGUCACCGUAGUUAACAGAUGAGACCUUUAUGUAUUGACGUCAUUCAAAUGGUCACUUGGCGGCUCCACUUUUCACACCCAAAAACUGUCUCAGGGUUCCUACAUGUGGAAAAUGAAUUCAGUUUCAACAUGCAAGUCUUCACACAGUUAAGGAAGUACACAACGGCCCGGAAAAUUGCCUCAAAAAUGUUUCCUCAGUCGUAGUUGGCACAUGAAUAUCCGUUGCUUAUAUGGUCAUAUUUGUUCCUGUUAACAGUCUUUCUGCUAUACUGAGUGAUAUCUUUGUUUACUGUCACAUUAUCUCCUAUUAGCACAUGAACUGGCCAAUAGUCAGUUUUAAUAAUUAAAGUAUGGAAAAAGGAAAUUAUGUAGGAACCCUAAAAUCUGGAAAUAUUUUAUACCAUUCUUGGUUAAAAUUCUAUGUAUUAAUAUUGUAUAUUGUUAAUGUUGUCUGUUUUUUCUAUUACUGUAUCCUUUCUAUGUUCAUUUUCUGAAAUGAAUUCACAAACUAGGCCGAUCUAAAAAUAUUAAUACCUUUAUUUUUGACAGAUUUUUGCAGGCAUAAUACUCAGUUUGUACUGACAACUACAUGUUUUUCUUUUUUUCUGGAUAUGGCCAAUUUGUGCUACAGAGGUGCUACAGAGAAUAUUAAACUACUGAUGGACUAAAUUUCCCCACAGUCACCUUGUACAUACCGUAGGCCUUGUGUAUUGUGAAUCAAAUUUGUAAAUGUCUCACAUUUACCUUUCCUUUCCUUUUUUUCCCUGUCACCACAGUUGAAAUGUUGGAACACAGAUGUGUUCCUGUAUCCAAAUGACAUCCAUCAAGAAAUCUUAUUUCAUAGGGAUUAAAGUGGGUUGCUAGUUGCCA